AUGUCUGACACAACUAGAGGUCAACCGAAACGCAAUUUUAGGCGAACUCAAGGGCCUGUGGAUGCUGUGAGAAAGAGUGAUGCUAAAAGUGAUGGGGAAGCUGGAAAACGUACUGGUAAUAAGGUGGACACCAGCUCAGGCGGAGACAAUGUGUGUCUGAUUUGUGCCGAGAACAUAAGGUAUGUUGCUGUUCCCCCGUGUAACCAUGUGGUCUGCCAUACCUGUGCCUUCAGACAGCGUGCUCUUUACGGAAAGAAAUCGUGCCUGGUGUGUAGGACGGAAGCAGAAAACGUGGUCUUUUGCCGAGAUCAGGAUGCUAGUUAUGAAUCCUUUGAUGGGAAACAGUUUGCUCAGGUUGAUGAUAAGUUUGGUAUUUCUUUCACUGUGGUGGAGAUAGCCGAUGCAACUUUGAGUCUUCUUAAACACACUUGUCCGUUUGGUGAUGAGGGAGAUUCUGAUUUGGGAAGCUACAAAAAGUAUAAUACACAUUUAAAGGAUAAACAUGGGAAAACACUGUGUAUGAUUUGUGCCUCGCAUAAAAAGGCCUUCCCACGGGAACUUCCAGUAUUUACACCUAACCAGUUGCGCCUGCACCAAGCAAAAGGAGACUCAAAAGGGUUUUCAGGUCAUCCUAUGUGCAAAUACUGUUCAGGCCAGCGGUUUUACUCUGGGGACGAACUAAGUGUUCACAUGAGAGACAAACACGAAAGAUGUCACAUUUGCGAUCGCAUAGACCCAGCGAAUCCGCAAUAUUUUAAGAAUUAUGAACAACUUUUUGACCACUUCAAGGAUGCUCAUUACAUCUGUACAGCUCAAACUUGUUUGGAUAACAAGUUUGUGGUCUUCCAAGACGAAUUGGACUUACAGGCGCAUAUUCUGAAGGAACAUGGAAGUAUUCUUCGCACCUCUAACAAUUCGUUGCCCGCAAAUAGUGGUAGAAAGUAUCAAUCACGGCUGUCAACAUUCACUCAACCGACCUCAAGAAACUCAAGCUCACAAAGGCUAGAUCAAAACAAGAAAGGUGCUGACGAAAACCCUGAAGAUACUCUUGAAAUGAAAACUAAACGAAUGCAUGAAAGAGCAAGACACUACCUGAAAUACUCACAUGCCGAUUAUGAGCAAUUUUUGGCAAUCAAUGAAGGCUACAAAAAUCGGUUGAUGACAGCUCAAGACCUUUUUACAGCCUACCAAAAUCUAUUCAAAAACCCUGAGGCGAACACAACCCUUCUCCUGUAUGAUUUCUCUGAGUUAUUCUUCAAAAACUCUCAGCAGCAUAAAGAUCUGCGUCUUAUCUAUGAUAGCGAGCAAGAGAAACAGGACCGUCAGAAUAAAUUUCCAUCAUUGAGUUCUUCUAGCAUGCUAGCAGGAAAUGUCAUCGGUGGAUCUUGGGGGAAAAGCAGCGGCUCUGCUAAGCCUGCAGCACGCCAAUAUAACUUCCCAACACUCAAGAAACCAACUAAUUCACAACCUGUAUUGAGGCCACAGCCGGUUUCUUAUAGCAAGUCAAAGACCAUCUCGUCACCUCCUAGCCCUGCCCCAACGAUAAAGAAAUCGCAAUCCAUGGAUAAAAGUGAGUACAAACCUACCUAUCUUGAUAGCAAAGUUUCAACAUCUCAAUCCACUCCAUCUCUGAAUAGGUCAAAGUUCCCGCCAUUGCCCAAACCUCAGGAAAAGAGGUUUCGAGCACCAUUGGUCAAUGAGCCUAACAUUCCAGAUCCAUCCCAAUGGAGCAAAGCCCCGCAAGGAGCUCAACAGUCAAGUGAAGACUUUAUUCCCCUUUCUAAUGGAAAAAAGAAGGGCAAACAGAAACAGUUAUUGUUUCAUAUCGGCAUUUAA